UUCCCUCGCAACAAAAUGGCGGACAGCGAAAAUGGCCCAGGUCGAAAACUACCUCCAAUAUCACCUCGUGCGAAAAAUCCUGACACUGAUGCUCCAGUGAAGCCUGUCAGAAAGAAGAAAAAGAAGCCGGCUGCUGAUCCUGACAUCGGGUCGGGCACAGAGGACGCUAAACCGACUCCAAGGCGAAGGAGAAGAACGCCAAGUGCGAGUAGAGACACGGAUGGAGAGGAUAAACCAGUCGAGGAGACGACAACACCAGCACCAAAAAAGAAAAAGAAGAAAGCAAAACCGAAAGAACCAGCUGCUGAGACUGAGGACCAGCCUGUGUCUGACAGAAGUGCCACCAGAGACGAGGAUGUCACAGGUAGUAAGGCAAGUCUCAUCACAAAGGAGAGUAAGGAAGGAACACCACGGAAGAAGGGGAAGAAGAAGAAAGUGGUGAAGAAGAAGACGGAGGAAGAUGAGUAUGCUGACAGUGGGCUUGCAGCAGAUCUUACAAGUAUUGAGGAAGACAUAAUUAAAGAUGAAGACCAGAAAGAAGACAUCGAGUUACCACAGACAACCAAUGUGGGAGUUUUACGGAGUCAGCCAACACAGAAAAUAUAUGUGGAAACAAUAGGUGGUUUCAAGAAAGAAAACAAAACAAAACUGGCCAAAAGACUUGCUGCUGAAGAAGCUGAGAAGAAGGUUGAAUCUGAAGCCUCAAGAAAGACCACAAUAGAACUAGCCCUGACCACAUACCGUAUCAUGAAGACAGUCACACUGUUUAUACAUGGACUGACUGCCGGGCUGGCACUGUGGCAGAUUAUCAUUGUGUAUAUACUCAGUUCCUUCGGCAACACAGACUUCCUGGAACACUACCAGUCCCUGUCACUUCCCGUCCAGUGCUGUGCCUACCUCCUGCUGGCCCUGUGUGUCGUAUCUACCUGUGACAGAUUUGAUAUCGGUUACAUCACAAGGAGGUUUCUGCUAAGAGCAUUCACCCUACAGAACGGUGCUGUCUCCAUCAUCUUCUACCUCACUGCCGUCAUCCUCAGCGUCAGCAUCGUCUCCACCGAGGACAAGAUACACCUUCACAACAAGAACCCUGACCUCUGGGCUGAUGCUGAUAAGACGGAGUCCGAGCUGUCACUGUGGAGGAGGAUCAACACAGCCAGAGGGGUGUUUGCCAUCUUGGGGUGGCUGGUGCUCUCAAUAACCCCAAAUGCUGACCGGCUCAGCCACAAUCUCAGGGAAGGGGAUGACGACGAACUCCUGGGGAAGGAGCAGGCAGAGACAGGGGUGUCCGCAGCCUAGGGGUGGGGAAACAUGAAGAACAGCUGAGGAUUUGACAGGCAAAGAAACAGUCACAUGGCCUAGACUUCAGGAGUGAGGGAGGGACGAAAAGGAGGUCUCGGCAGAAGGCAAGAGUAUCUACAGUGGCUUAUGACAAGGAUACACCUUCACCUGUGACAUUUACUUGCCUGAAUAGUGAUAAACAUAAUAGACAGUGUCAGCCUCACUCUCUUGAUGUCCAGGGCGAUGGGGUAGCCUAAUGGUUAAAGCGUCCACUCAUUAUGCCGAUCAAUUGUGUAGAUCGAUGUUCAAGCUGUUGAUCCCUGGAGUAUCUGGUCCAGACUCGAUUAUUUACAGACCGCCGC